GGAGAGCGCGGGCUGGAGGGGGGGGGGCGUGGUCGGCGGGUGCAGAGACCGGGGGAGCUCGGUGUGGAGGGAGCGACCCGAAGCCACCGGCCGGGCUGCAGCCUCCGCCCGCACGGCGCCCCCCACCUCCCCCUUGCCGGGAGGGGGCUCGGUCCCUCUCGCAGGGGCCAUGGAUCCCAAGCGCCUCCCCAAGAGAGCUGCCCCGGACAGCAGGAUCUGCUCCCCUCCGCCCGGCUUAACAGCGGCCGGGCCCUGCUGCCCCGACUGCAGCCCCCCGUCGGCUGCCCACCGCCACGGGCUGUACUGCGGGGUGAUCCAGGCGUGCAAAGCCCCGUCCUCCGCGGCCAGCAACGCCGUCUACACGGUGCUGGUGGAAGAUGCCCUGCUGCGGCGGCGGCGGCGGAAAAGUAGCGAGGACGCGUCGGUGGCCAACGGGCUCGAGGGGAAGAGCCCUGGCAAGGGCCGUGUGAAGCAUUUGCAGAAGAGCUGUAAUGGCAAUGUGCUGCUUGAAGAAGCUGAGCCGAGGGGCCUGACGGACGCUCUGGUGCUGAAUGGCAGGAAGGUGGAUGAGCGGCCAGGCCCGCCUGCCCUGACCCACAGCCAGCUGGAGGGAUCGAACAAGGAGGCAGCACUGCGACUCCUCAGCGUGGGGCCGGAGCAGAGCCCCCCCCUGCAUUCGGCCUACAUCCCAGUGCCCAGGCAGAGAAAGCUGUCGGGCAAGGCGGGGAUAGAUGAGGUCAUGGCAGCCGCAGUUCUCACCAGCCUGUCCACUAGCCCUCUAGUGCUUGGCAACCCGCCUGGCACCCUCAGCCCAGAACCCAGCUGCGAGGCCUGGAAAGAGGGUCCCGCCAUGUCCUCCAGCUACAGCAGCAGUAGCAACAACAGCGGGGACUGGAGCUGGGACCUGCCGAGCGACCGCUCCACCCCUUCCACCCCGUCGCCACCGCUCUCCACCGACGUGGCCAAGAGCUUCCUGCCGGCCCCCCAGCUGGACGACGGCAUCGAGGAGACCGAAGCGACCCACUUCCUCUUUGGAGACCCCAUUCCCAGGAAGAGGAAGAACUCCACCAAGGUGAUGUUCAAGUGCUUGUGGAAAAGCUGUGGCAAGGUUCUGAGCAGCUCCUCGGGGAUGCAGAAGCACAUCCGAACCGUCCACCUCGGCCGGAAAGCCGACCUGGAUCAGAGUGACGGCGAGGAGGACUUUUACUACACGGAGCUGGACGUCAACGUGGACUCCCUGACGGAUGGACUGUCCAACCUGACCCCCGUCUCGCCCACUUCUUCAGUGCCCCCAGCCUUCCCUGUCCUGGAGGUGCAGCGAACCCCGCCGGUGCUGGUGAAGCCUGAGGACUCCAUGGAGUCUCCUCUGAGUCAUUCAGCUCCAACGAGCCUGUGCCAUGUCCACACCGACCAUGCCUAUCAGGGCUGCCUGACUGCGCUCCGCCCUGUUGGCGUGGGAGAGAAGCGGCCGCAGAUCCCUCACCCGCCCAUCACUGCAGCGCCCCCCUCUGUGCCAAAGCUGGCCGCGGGCACCAGGAAGCCCCGGGGCGAGGCCAAGAAGUGCCGCAAGGUGUACGGGAUGGAGAACCGGGACAUGUGGUGCACAGCCUGCCGGUGGAAGAAAGCUUGUCAGAGGUUCGUCGACUGAGCGCCUCCUGCCCCCCGCGCCUGGCCCUGCUGCCCGAGCCCCCGGGCCCCUCUGGCUCCAUUGGAACUUCCGAGCUCCGGAAAGUCAGCGUCAACGCUUCCUUCUUGCACGUUUUGCACUUCAGGUGCCUUCGAGCCCCGACCCCACCUCGUGGCCCCCAGGGAAUCAGCUGUGGCUAGCCGGAAACUGCCCCGGACUCAGGAAAAAGGAGCCCCUUGGCCUGCAAUUGCUCUGAGGAAUUGUAGGGCGGUGAUUCUAGGCGUGGGGGGGCGGGGGUUGAGGGGGGAAAGGAAGGGGCUGUCCUUGAAAAGGAAAAACUCAUUCCCCCUCCUCAAACCCCAUUGAUGCGACAUGGCUCCUGACGCCAUCUUACAUCAGGUUCCCUCCAGGAUCGGGCCCCUGAGAGCCAUUCGUCUGGCGCUGUAUUUUUGUUUUUUGCGGCGCCUCGUCCUGUCUCCUCCCCGCCAGCGUCGUGCUCUUGUCUCUUGGAAGCUUUACACUUUACGCACACGUACGCACGGAGCUUUUCUGAUCACUCUCUUUUGGAAAUAAGCUAUUUUCUCUUCCUUCACUACGUUCCUCUCCCCUCCCUCCCGCCGUCUGACUGCCUUCAGGGAUCUGGCAGAGCCAGGGAUGUCCAUGCGCUGGGAUCCAGCAGUGGGAGGCCAGUAUCAACCGCCAGCUCCGUCUCGCGCCAUGAGAAAGCAGGGGAGUGGACCUGGUACUGUGCUCGCACAGGAAGCCGCGAGCUCCUUUCCCUUCUGGUUUUUUCUUUGGAAUCUCGCUGACCACAGUUCGCCACCGAAAUGGACUUCAGACCAAGAAAAGGACCCAACCCGGCCUGCUGCUGCAGCCCGCUGGGAUGUGACGAGGUUCCGAGCAGCGGUUUUCUACCCUUCUUUUUUAUUUCUUGGUUUUAAAGUGCCACGUCCGAUCGGAGUCCUGACUCUGGUGGGCUAAAGCACCCAGCGUCCCUGGGGCAAGGGGGGACGGUGCUGUUUAUCUCCUCCAGGGAAUUCUUGAUUUUGGGAGGGUGGAGGGGGAGGGAGAUGGACUCAGCAACAGAUGCCUCAACUGUUUGAAGACACGUGUUUGGUCAGAUCUGUGAGCUCUGUGCCCGGGAUGGACACGGAGUGGGGGGAAAGCAGCGGUGGGGGUAACAGUGCCGAAGAAUAAGCUGUGCCUGGAAAAUGCGGCAUCUCUUGGCCGUCCUUUUCCGCGUGGAAAAUGUGGCUCUCUACCUGUCCCUCCCCCAGCCGCACCUGUUCUGUCGCCUCUCUGCGGGUGGAGCCCGGCUCCCCGGGUGCAGAGGGCAAAGACUGGGGACAUGUGUCCACCCAGGAUGAGGGAUUCAAGUGUUUUAGUUUUUUUUUUAUAAAGGAAAAAAAAAACCCGCUCCCGUGGCAACGAGAGCGCCCGGAAGUGCCUGCGUCAACACGCCCAUUUGCACUAAGCCAAACUGCACAAAGAGUUUUCUUUAUUCUUUUCUUUGUGUGUGUGUCUUUUUUGUUUUUUUUUUUUAAUAAAAUAUAUUAAAGGUCGUAUUUUAAAUAUUCCCUCCGUGGGCACACGAGAGAGAGAUGGAGAAAACCCUCAUCGCCUUGCUUUCCACAAGCAUGUCUCUAGAUUUGUUUCUGUAGAGGGACUAUAUUUCCCAGAAUCCUUUCUCUCUCCCAACACCCCCCAUCCCUUUGAACACCCUGUUCAUAAGCAAGCAGCACUGGUUGCUGGGAAAUGCAGUUUUCCCUUCACGCAUUUUUUUUGCGUGCCCUGCAGUCCUGACUGCAACAACCCGGACAACGUCUGGAUAGUUAAUGUCUGAGAUAAUCCCCUCCCCACCCCCCCAUCCAUUUGCUGGAUGCAAAGACGCGAGUCUCUGUGUGCGUGCGCGUGUGUGUGCGUGUGUUUACGAAGCCGUAUUUUGUAAGAUUGUUUUUUCAAUGUUUGUAGCCUGGCUCAAUUCUGUGUAAAUUGUUGUUGGGUUUUUUGUAAACAAAACCAAUUGUCUGUGCACCAAGUGGUCUGACUAAGGUGGAUUUGAAUGGAAAAAGCUCCCUGUUAUGAAUGUAUAAUGAAUACUCCUCGGCUGCCUUUUGUGCCUGAGCAGUACGGUCUGUGCCAGGGGAAAUACUCCAGUUAUGGUCCUCGGCAGGGUGCUUCGGCAGGUGGCUAAUUUAAGUACGUAAGUGGUGCAAAGGAGAUCACAGAAAUCCCGCGUAUGCCCACGGUGUAGGUGGGACUUGGGUGGUGUCCAAACAGCCACUCUUGCUUAAACUUGUGCACCUGCAGAGACUUGUUGUACAACCCGGGGAGGCAGGUUUCCGCUUCUCUUCCUAGGGCGGCCACGCACUUGGGCUGUGACUCAAGCUGGCGGAGUGAUAAUCGCGAGGACGAGGCUUUUGAGAGUAACUCGCAAUUUUUGGGCAUCCGACCAGAGCUCCCUUCCUGGGCCCUGAUUUUCAACACUGAAAACACAGGCCCCUCUUAAGGUAGCUCACGUUGGGCCCCUGGCCUUUCUAGGCUUUGAAUAAUUUUCAUAAUGGGCUCUCUAUUGGUAUUUUAAUGAGAAAUGAUUUGACAGUUUCCCUUUGGGCACAAUCCAUUUUGCCUCGCCAGGGCAGGUGAUGAGGGCUUUUUCACACUCAUGACACAGGUUAUAUUCCCCUUUUGAAUACCCCCACGCGCCCCAUCUGUCCAUCCCGCUUGUCCCCCUUUUCCCCCCCGCUUGUAAGUUGAUCCUGGCCACUAGCCCUUGAUGCUAGGCUGUGGGUGAAUCAUUGACCAAUUAAAUUGUGGGAACUUUGUGUAAUUUUCAAAAAUGUUUGCUCUCCCCUCCCCUGUCCCCAGGCUUGCUCUGUGCUCUUGGCAGGUCUCUGCGCUUUCUGCCCUGCUGUGGAACUGGGCCAGUGCCAUGUGCCAGGCAUGAAUUGGGUCAUUCAUGGUGGCACUGAGCGCCCAGUGGCAAAGGCCCUGCCGAAACGCCAAGCAUCUCGAGGUCUCUUGGAACAGACCGAAGUGAAGGGACUUUGCCACCUUCUGCCUGGGGCCGCAAUGCCUGGAGGCUGCUCUGUCGCCCAGGGCACCGCCUCCCUUCUGUGCAGUCUGAGGCCUGUCCCUGUCGCGGACUGUGCUUUCAAAGCUGCCAACCGCAUGCUUGCUUCAGCAGGUUGAUUGUUUCCAGCGAGGUGACGGCUUGGCCUGGCAUAGUGCCAGGCUGGGAAUGGGCCUUUUGUAACCAGGGAGGGUGGUCUGAUGGGGGGCACUGAUCCAGGUUGUUUUCCUGCCACACCCACGGACUUGCAUGGCUUUGGGCAAUUAACAUGGGGCUUGAUCCUCCUGCAUCUGUUGCAGUAGGAGCAGGAUACAGUGCACCUCACCCCUGUGUAAAACAAGGAUAAUGCUGGCCUACCUCCAGGGGACAACAUGAGACUUAAUUCACAGAUGGGUGUAUGGUGCUUGGAGACUUGGCUAGGAGUGAUGGCAGGCUAGUGUGUGUUUGUAACUAAGGUGUGAGGAAGGGAGCUUGGGCCAGUUGUGUAUUGGUGUGAAUGCUCCUGGGCAGGGGGAGCUCCUGAAUGUGAAAGGUACUGGGAGUCAGGGCCCUAGUUUGGGAGUGUUAGUUUCAUGUAUCUGGCUGGGAAGUGACCCUAAUCCUGUCUCCAUGGAGGAACUCUAUGCCCUGGUUGCCAUCCUGCAAGGAUUUGGGGUGUAGCAAUCACCUGCACAAACCUGCCCUGUUUGGAUGUGUUUAAAACCAACAGCCACCCCUCCACCCCCAAGCAGUAAUAUAACUCUGAUUAGUCCUAAACACAGGAAGAAAACAGUGGUGGGAGGGGUGUGAGGUGGGAGUACCUAGCCCAGUGAUUCCUGGCCUGCUGUUGGUGUGGAGGGGUGACUGUGGGUAGGGGGUGAGCUGUAGGAAUUCCUAGCCUAGUGAUGCUACAUGUGAUCAAACUGUGUUUUGGGUUUUCAGUUUAUUUUUUAAGUAAAAACCAAUAAUCCUGAGAAUUUUUUAAAGCAUUUUAAUGGUUCUCUGAACGUUCAGUGGUAUUUUCCCGUUGUUGAAAAAGGUUGCCAAAAACUCGGUUGGAAGUUUUGCUGGUUCUGCUGUCCAACAGUCUGAGGGUAGGGCUGGGAAAGUCUGAUUUCAGCAUUGCCGCCAUCUUUUACUGCCCCUGAAGGCUUCCCCAAGAUGGCCAGAGAGACUUCAAUGGCUGCAGCUCCCUCCUGGUUGCUCAGCUGUUGCUGUCCAUGGUUCUUUUCAGGCUCUGCUCAUAGCAGUUUGGUCUGGUCAUUCUUGAUCUCCUGACUCAGACCACGUGGAGAGGGGGCAGUGGCUCAUAGAGGUAGCGUUAUGGUGGCUUUGUAACGGGGCCUCUGACAAGCCAUGGGCCUACGCUGGAUCCUUCCAGGGGAGAGGGGUUGAUAUGCAACCCCAGAUCCAGCUGGUGCCAGCUGUAUUUCUCAGCUGAUCGGGGGUCGUGCAGGAUCAUAGGAAUCUCCCGCCACUUCCAGCAUUUCAAAGCCCUUCUGAGAAUUCAGCAGGGUUAAACCUUCCCCUAAUUUAUCCCCAGCUGGAAUGCCUGGCCAGGUGCCUCCUUGGCCAGCUCCGGUGCUCAGACUUAGAGCAAGGUGAUGUGGGGCGUGGCGCAGCGGGCCCCAUGCUGUGGGGCAGUGAGAGCUCUUGGUGCCAUGGAGGGCAGUAUCCCAGCACGGUUCUAUAGACCGGAGCUCAGCUGCCCGUGCUUUUAGGACAGAUCAUUCUGAGCUCUGCUGUUCUGGGCUAUUUUCCUCCUAAAACCUUUUUCCUCCCUCUCAAGCUCCAGGGGUCCAUAUUUGCCCCUUGCUCCACCAUUACUGAGCUUCCCAGCCACUCAGAGCUACGGGAUCCUGCAGAACCCGCUAUCUCUGGGGGAGCACCAAGGGGAGGCUGGAGGGUCACAUGCCCCAGGCUUCUCUCAGGGUAGAACACUGCAUGGCAUAGCGAGGACCUGCUAGCACUAACCCUUGUCCACUGCCAGGGGCACGGGUUUGAAGCUGGUGCUGGUCUGUAGUCACCAGAAGUCUCCGAGGGCUGGCCAGUGGCCUGGGACCCGAGUCUGGUUCCUGGUGAUUAGUGUCCCAUAGGGUUGGAGGGGACUGCAGAGUCUAACCCUCUGCAAAUGCGGGCAGCUUACCCCGUGGCCAGGACCCAAACAAGCAUGGAAACGGUGCCCCCACCCUCAGGGUUGAGCUCUAUUGUGGGGGAGGGGUGGGGUGUGAAGGGACAUGUGCCCUGCCUGUGGUGUGCCAAUUCUGAGGGUAAAUCAGGGAGUUCGGGGCCUGGGGCUGGCCCUGCUCAUUAGCACACAACUCACUUUUAUUAAGAAAGCGAAUUUGCACUGUGAUUUCCCCAGGCAAAUGAUUGGGGGAGGGGAGUGGUGCGCCUCUUGCAGCCGCGGGAAAAGCGGAGAACCGUAAUCCCAGGGAAGGGGCUGCCCAAACAGCAGGGUUGGUGCUGCUGGCACCACUGGGUCUGGUGCGUUAAUGACCAUUUCAUUGCUUUCUUCAGCAUGUUAAUCCCCUUUUGCUGUAAGAUUUCCCCACGAAUUCCCAGGGCCUCCUCUUGUAGGGCUCAGUUCCUGCUUUCCCAGCCCUGUGGAAGCAGGGCGAGAUCCCAGCAGUGCCCUGGGUGACAGCUCUGCACCUGAGGAUUUCUCCUGGUGGGAGUUCAGGGGAGCUUGUCUGGGCCUCGGGCUGGUUCUGGUGGGAUUGCAGUCCUAGUGCGUGGCGGGUCUCAGCGAUACGACAAUCCUACAUCCCCAGAUGCUGGCCAGUGGCUCAGAAGCAGCAGACUCCAUCUCUGCUGGUGUCUUUUAAAGGUCCAACAGGCACGUCCACUGGAAAUAGUAUUUCAGGAGAAGUGGCAGAAACGUAGCCCAAAGCUAAUGUACUGAGCAUGGGAAUGGCCUGCAGUGGGCAGGUCGGCCCCGGCUGGAGGGAGUGGGGGCAUCCCAUGGCUGCUGAUUGUGCUCCAAAGCUGUAAAGCAGAGAAGAGUCUCUUCCCUACCGAGUGGGGAAAACCCCUCUGGUUUGCUGUGCAGGGGGCUGAGCCCGUGGUUUCCCUGGCUCCUUGCGUGCAGCCUCUGAUGGGUGUCAAGUGGCGAUGGGGCCCUGCUGGCAGGGCGAUGGUUGCGAUGGGGGAUUGGGCUGUGACACGCAGCUGGCUGGAAUUGCUCUCAGCUCCAGGUUGUUGCAGCACCAGUGGGGUCCCUGCACUGGUAGGGUUGGUGCAGGUGGCUGCCCAAGGAAUCCUGGUGGCCUUUUUCCUUUCUCUGGCUGCACUUGGUACAAACAAGCUUGAGGCCGCAGAACAGAGCUGGCAACACUACCUUUACCUGGCCGUGACAAGGGCAAGUGACUGAGGUUGCUGAGCCUUCAUGGUUUUGAACGGCUUUGGCUGGUAGUGCCACCCUUGCCCCAGAGAUUGGCUACCAGCUCCCUGCCCUGCUGGGCCCCUUCACCAAUUCUAGCCUCGCUGCUGCUGCUCAUAGAGGUGUCGCCUCGGGCUUUGUGCAACGGGAGAAGGUAACUGGUUGCAGUGAGUGGCGUGUGCAUGCGUGUGGUCUCCUAGUGCAAUGGACACGUUCUUUGAGGAUUAAAGCCAGAUGAACAGGGAAAGCACAAGAAAUAUCUGGGUGGACCAAAGAUGCGCUACACCCUAGCCACACUCUGAACUCCCGCAUGCCCUCCGUACAGGCAGUCACAAUUCAGGGGAAUUGAGCCACCCCCUCCCCGGAGGUGAAUUUAGCUCUGACCUGUAAACUGCUGGCCAUCAGGCAAUGAAUGUAGCUUGUUUGUUUCCCAGGGCUGUGUGAUGUUACACAUUUCUCUGACCUUGUGGGACUCUGACAGGUUCAUGCACUAGGGAUCUUUGUAGGUACUGAUGCUUUCUGCAGCUGCACUGAAGCAGGGUUGCGAUGGGGGUCCCUCUGCUUGGAUUUCCUGGCCCGCGCGGUCCCUCUAGGAACCUGAGAUCCUGGCUAAUAACACAAAGCUUGGGCAGGAGUAGUUGUCGGACCAGCUCUUGUCGUCUACCCUGUCCACUGAUGAUUACCGGUACUGAGCCUCUGCAUUGCAAACUAGCCCCGGUGCCCUGGCAGAAAGCCGCUCUUCGGUGGAAGAAUGCACCGGCACUUCCUUCCAAAGAGGGCAAAGUGUAUCGCAAAGAGGGGGUGAGGCACCACAUGCCAGGUCCCCCGCUGCCCCACUGGUGAAGGGGAAGGUUUUGGUCAUGCACUUUGUAGGAGCCCUGCAGCCUAGGCAGUCCUCAUUUGAGCUGUUCAGACUGGAGGAAAAAGCAAAGAUGAAGAACGUGAGCGGGUGUAGUCAGAGCCUGCGCUCCUACCACUGGUGAGGCUCCUGCUCACGUCAAUCAGGACCAGAGCUGGGGGACGUGCACUAGGCUGGGCUCAGUUGGUGGGGAAGACGGUAAGAGGCCAUGCCAUCUCUCCUGCAACUGCACAAACCGGCCCAGCUUGCUGGCUCCAUGCAGACUGAGACGAAGAGGAAGCAUGGACUUUGGGGAUCCCAGGCUAGGUCGGGGAAAAGUAACGAAGCCAAACAGCGUUUUGAAAAGGAAAAUCAAUGUGUAAAAGGGUGUUUGUAAAUGGCAAUUAAAAAACAAAACAGAACGAGUGGAACCAGCCUUGAAUUACCUGGGCUAGAAUGUACAAAGCCCACCCAGGGAAUUGCACUCUGACCCGGGAUUGUGGCUCUUCCUGGCAGGAGCAGGGAGGGGUGUGGCUGGAGCGGGCACUGCUGGGGUUGCCCCUUUUUAAAAUUUUCUUCCAGGAUUUUGCAAGGGGAAUUUGGGCCGAUGCUAUUUGUCGCACGUGUGCUUCGCUCAGGUCCCUCUUGUGCCCAGAAUCAUGUGCCCAUGAAAGGGAGGGUUUGUCAGACACACAAGAAAAAUAAAAGAUUUUUGUUUUUCAG